AUGUUUUUUUUCGUCAUAUUAUUUGGACUUCUUCCCGGCACAGAAACUGCGCGAAUAACUGCAGAAACUCCAGUUGAUUUCUCUAUUCAUCUCUGCACACAUCAACGACAUCAUUCCCAUGGACAUAUGCAGUAUCUUCCACAACCUGUUCGAUUCUGUGUGGCUAUGAAGUCUUCAAAAUCUCAACGGGAUUUGGUCAGAGAUCAACAGAGUACAGUUUCUAUCAAAUCGAAUGUUCUUUUCACUUGGAGGCAAGUCACAAGUGCUCGUCAUUGCCGGUUUGGUUUCAAGGGCUACCAAGGCGAAUACCGACUAUCACCAGAUUUUGGCGCCUAUGAAGAAUGCCAGCAAGUCACAAGUGCUCGUCAUUGUCGGUUUGGUUUCAAGGUGAGUUUUAAACUAAUUUCACAUGAAAUCUCUUCCAAGAGGGGCUACCAAGGCGAAUACCGACUAUCACCAGAUUUUGGCGCCUAUGAAGAAUGCCAGUACUCGCUCUCACGGCAUACCCAUGCGUUAUCCGAGAGUCUUAUGGGCAAAAACGUAGGUGUCGGGGUGAAAAAUGUUGAGCAAAUGUUUCUUCACAUUUAA